CGCACGCCACCGCCGCGCCGGCAGCGCGCGAGGCCGCGGCCGCCCGGCGAGAGCCAAGACGAGAGAGACCACCAGAGAGACCAGAGACCACUCACCCUCCAAUCCCCACAGGUCCAAAAAGGGCGGCAAGAAGAAGGCCGUCGACCCCUUCCUCAAGAAGGAAUGGUACGAGAUCAAGGCGCCGUCCAUGUUUUCCGUGCGGAACUGCGGCAAGACCUUGGUGACGAGGACCCAGGGUACCAAGAUCGCCUCGGACGCGCUCAAGGGCCGCGUCUUCGAGAUCUCGUUGGGAGAUCUCAACAACGACGAGGACCAGACCUACCGCAAAAUUAAAUUGAUCUGCGAGGACGUCCAGGGCUACAAUUGUUUGACGAACUUCCACGGCAUGGGCAUGACCCGCGACAAGCUCGCGUCGCUCAUCAAGAAGUGGCAGACCUUGGUCGAGGGUAAUGUGGACGUCAAGACGACGGACGGCUACACCUUGCGCAUGUUCGCCAUCGGCUUCACCACCAAAAUGCCGAACCAGGUCAGCAAGAUGUGCUACGCGAACAGCGCACAGGUCCGCCAGAUCCGGAAGAAGAUGGUGGAUGUGAUGCGGGAAGAGGCGUCGAAGUGCGACCUCAAGGAUUUGGUGCUGAAACUCAUCCCGGAGUACAUGGGCGGCGAGAUCGAGAAGGCGUGCGCGGGCAUCUUUCCGAUGCAGAACGUCUUCGUCCGCAAGGUCAAGGUCCUCAAGAAGCCGAAGUUCGAUCUGGUCAAGCUCAUGGAGCUGCACUCGGGCGAAGGCGCCGAGGAUUCCGGCGACAAGGCCGAGGGCGACGCCGAGGAGGUCGUCGCGGCCGAGAAGGACAUCACGCAGGCGGCGUCGGGCGGGCGGCUCUGAGCGUCGGUGAAAGGCGGUAUUUUGUGUAAUGCUGCUAUAGUUUA